GCGGCGGAGGGUAUCGUGCUGCUCUAUUCGCUGCCACUCGCCCGCAGGUCCGCGCGCUCGCCCACCUGAGCCGCGCCGGGGCUGCGGAGCCACGGGCCAGCGCGCUCAGCCCAGCCUAGGAGACAGCAGUCUCAGCGCGGAGAUGGGGAGCGGGCGAAGUUGACGAGUCCCCCGCCCACGCUGCGCCCCUCCUGCCCAGAGGUGCGCUGCCCCUCCACGAGGGGCUGCAGCCAGCGGUCUGUCGCGCGUGCCUGUGUGCCCGAGGAGCCGCCCCGGGGAGAAGACCCGGCGCGGAGUUGUUCCCCCAGGGGAGAUCCGCAGCCCAGCCGAGGGGGUCGGGCGGCCUGGAUACGCAGGACCCAGCCCCGCAGCCGCGGACGCCCAGCGGCGGCGAAGUUUGGCUGCUGAGCAGCGCGGCGCCGGGCCACUGGACAGCGGGAGCGAUGCCCGUGGGGGGCCUGUUGCCGCUCUUCAGCAGCCCCGCGGGCGGCGGCCUGGGCGGGGGGCUCGGCGGCGGCGGCGGCAGCAGGAAGGUGUCGGGCCCCGCCGCCCUCCGCCUGACGGAGAAGUUCGUGCUGCUGCUGGUAUUCAGCGCCUUCAUCACGCUCUGCUUCGGGGCGAUCUUCUUCCUGCCAGACUCCUCCAAGCUGCUCAGCGGGGUCCUGUUCCACUCCAGCCCCGCCUUGCAGCCGGCCUCCGACCACAAGUCCGGGCCCGGGGCGCGCGCCGAGGACGCGGCAGAGGGUCGAGCCCGGCGCCGCGAGGAGGGGGCACCCGGGGACCCGGAGGCCGCCCUGGAGGACAACUUGGCCAGGAUCCGCGAAAACCACGAGCGGGCUCUCAGGGAAGCCAAGGAGACCCUGCAGAAGCUGCCCGAGGAGAUCCAAAGAGACAUCCUACUGGAGAAGAAGAAGGUGGCCCAGGACCAGCUGCGUGACAAGGCGCCGUUCAGAGGCCUGCCCCCGGUGGACUUCGUGCCUCCCAUCGGGGUGGAGAGCCGGGAACCCGCCGACGCCGCCAUCCGCGAGAAAAGGGCAAAGAUCAAAGAGAUGAUGAAACAUGCUUGGAAUAAUUAUAAAGGUUAUGCCUGGGGAUUAAAUGAACUGAAACCUAUAUCAAAAGGAGGCCAUUCAAGCAGUUUGUUUGGUAACAUCAAAGGAGCAACUAUAGUAGAUGCCCUGGAUACACUUUUUAUUAUGGAAAUGAAAAAUGAAUUUGAAGAAGCAAAAUCAUGGGUUGAAGAAAAUUUAGAUUUUAAUGUGAAUGCUGAAAUUUCUGUCUUUGAAGUAAAUAUACGCUUUGUUGGUGGACUACUCUCAGCCUACUAUCUGUCUGGAGAAGAGAUUUUUCGAAAGAAAGCAGUGGAACUUGGGGUAAAAUUACUACCUGCAUUUCAUACUCCCUCUGGAAUACCUUGGGCAUUGCUGAAUAUGAAAAGUGGUAUUGGAAGGAACUGGCCCUGGGCCUCUGGAGGCAGCAGUAUUCUGGCAGAAUUUGGAACCCUACAUUUGGAGUUUAUGCACUUGAGCCACUUAUCAGGAAACCCCAUCUUUGCUGAAAAGGUAAUGAAUAUUCGAACAGUACUGAACAAACUGGAAAAACCACAAGGCCUUUAUCCUAACUAUCUGAAUCCCAGUAGUGGACAGUGGGGUCAACAUCAUGUAUCAGUUGGAGGUCUUGGAGACAGCUUCUAUGAAUAUUUGCUAAAGGCCUGGUUAAUGUCUGACAAGACAGAUCUGGAAGCUAAGAAGAUGUAUUUUGAUGCUGUUCAGGCCAUUGAGACUCAUUUGAUCCGUAAGUCUAGCAGCGGACUAACUUACAUCGCGGAGUGGAAAGGAGGCCUCCUGGAGCACAAGAUGGGCCACCUGACCUGCUUUGCAGGAGGCAUGUUCGCACUCGGGGCUGAUGGAGCUCCCGAAGGCAUGGCCCAACACUACCUUGAACUCGGGGCUGAAAUUGCCCGUACCUGUCAUGAAUCAUAUAAUCGAACAUUUAUGAAACUGGGACCAGAAGCUUUCAGAUUUGAUGGUGGUGUUGAAGCCAUUGCUACAAGACAAAAUGAAAAAUACUACAUCUUACGGCCAGAAGUUAUGGAGACUUACAUGUAUAUGUGGAGACUGACUCAUGAUCCAAAGUACAGGAAAUGGGCCUGGGAAGCUGUAGAGGCCUUGGAAAACCAUUGCAGAGUGAAUGGAGGCUAUUCAGGCCUAAGGGAUGUUUACCUUCUUCAUGAGAGUUAUGAUGAUGUGCAGCAGAGUUUCUUCCUAGCAGAGACAUUGAAAUAUUUGUACCUAAUAUUUUCUGACGAUGAUCUUCUUCCACUGGAGCAUUGGAUCUUCAAUAGCGAAGCACAUCUUCUCCCUAUCCUCCCUAAAGAAAAAAAGGAAGUUGAAAUCAGAGAGGAAUAAAAAGACAUUUUAUAUUUUACUCUGCUCCAUUCCCUUCACUGCAUACCUUAAUAAUUCCUUUUCUGGUAAUCAGGCACAUGAUGAACUUUGAUUAGUAGGUCUAUGAUUAAGUUCUUAAAUUGUUUUGCAGUCUUUUAUGUUUAUUAUCAUAAGUAUAGGAGGACCUAAAUUCCUUAUCGUAUCCUUUAUUGUUCAGCCAGUGUAUCCACCAGUUUUUUGUUUGUUUUUAAGUAACCUAUUAUCUCUGGAGUUCAUGAAGGUGUAAUACCAUUUUUAUUAAACUGAGUAGAAUGGUAUAGCAAUGAUCUCCUAAUUACAAUUUGAUUUGACUGCAAAACUUUUUCCUCCUCUAAGAGGAGAUGAUGUCUGCUUUAAGCUGUAAUGUUUUGCCAUGUUGCAAAAAGCCAUAAUAAUAAGUAUAAAAAAGCUUUUUCCUUUUCAAUUUCAUGUUAAUCUGGUUUGUCUGUCCACCAGAGACAGAUCUUCUAACUGUGACAGCCUCUUUAUGCAGGUCUAUCAUUAUUUGAUAGAAUGUCUUCUAAAAUACUUCACUCACAUUAUAAUUCAAAUUAGAAAGUCAUUCCAAAAGGAUCAUCUCAUGUUGACCUCAUUUAAUCGGAACUGCAGUGUAUUUUUGUUGCUUAAUUAUAUUAGUGUUUUCUAUUUUGUAAAUGUGUCCUUUAAUUUUACUUUACUGCCCUGUGUCAAUUCUGGAUUAUAUACUGGUUAAUUUCUUCCAUUCCCUACUACACAGAGAGGUGAGCUCUCAAAUUUUGCAGAGCUCUGCUAUCACUGAAUUACAUUUUUCUAAACAAAAUAGUAUAACUUAAUGGAUUAGCUUUUGUGUUUAACUGAAUAUAUGAAGAAAUUGGGUCUCUCUAAAGAGAGGGUCUUUCUUUCUUUUUUGAGACGGAGUCUUGCUCUGUCACCCAGACUGGAGUGCAGUGGCGCUAUCUCGGCUCACUGCAACCUCCGCCUCCUGGGUUCAUGCCAUUCUCCUGCCUCAGCGUCCC